CGACUACUUCUCGUGGCCACCGUCGUCUGCUUUCGCCUCGUUCACCGUUCUUGAUCUUUCCCCUCACAAUUCUCCUUUGCGGUGUCGCCUCUUUCAGCAGUCUCGCCAGUCAUGGCGACUAGAUUACUGAAGCCGCAAUUGCUGCGGUCUUCAAAGGCUGCUUUCGAGUGCACUUUAUGUGCGCAACGCCGCACAACUCAAUUUUCGAGGUUAAGAUACUCCAGCAGUCUACGACCGCCGACAUCACGGCCGUAUGCCACCGUCAACUCUGGAGAUCCAAAGCCUCCACAGGAAGAUCCGGAAAAGAAAGGGAAAAAGGACGAGGACAAAGCUUCUGCAAGCCAGGAUUCGAAUGCCAAAGAUGCGGAUCAACCACAAUUCACGCCGCUGACGGAAGAGGAAGUCAAACAGAUUCAAGAACUUGCUCAAAUGAUGAAGUUGGGUCUGCCCAAAUCUCAAGUCGCUGUCAUUGACGAGGCUGUUGAGCUUAUGAAGAAGGGAGGUAUCCCCAAUGAGCUUCGGGAGGUACUGGAAGCACGAAGGAGAGACCCCAAGCACCACAUCUCCCUCGCCACCACCGUCCGUUUGGUCAGCAUUUUCACCAAGCUGUCUCGCAUGAGCCCGGAAGAGGUUCGAGAGAAAUAUGGGAAAGGCGCCCAAAACGAGUCCACGGAAGAGACGCCUCUGUUUGAGCAGUCGAAUAAAGAUCAAGAGCAGAAGCAGAAACGCAAACAAAAGGAUGGUCAACAAAAGGGAGGACCACGGAUAUACGAUUUCAGGAUCGAUCUCGGUUCGACUAUACUUGCAGGUAUUGUCACGUACUACCUGUUCCGAGGUCUCAGCCCUAGCGAAUCUAGCAGAGACAUCACAUGGCAAGAGUUCCGGACGACAUUCCUGGACAAAGGCCUUGUAGACAAGCUUACUGUCAUCAAUCGAAAUCGUGUCAGGGUGGAACUUCACCGAUCAGCGGUAGCAAACCUAUACCCGGACUCCCCCGCUACCAAGUCGAAUUUUUUCUAUUACUUCAACAUCGGAUCUGUCGAAGCAUUCGAGAGGAAGCUGGAUGAGGCACAUGAGGAGCUGGGAAUUCCAAGUAGCGAGAGGAUACCCGUCGCUUAUUCUGACGAAGUGCCGCUAAGUGCCGCCCUCUUCUCUUUCGGUCCCACCAUUCUCUUCAUCGGAGCACUAUUCUGGCUAUCGCGGAGAGCAGCAUCGGGAGCAGGCGGUCAAAGCGGUAUCUUCGGUAUUGGCAAAUCAAGAGCCAAGCGAUUCAAUCAGGAGACCGACGUUAAGACCAAGUUUGCCGACGUUGCCGGCAUGGACGAAGCCAAGCUCGAAAUCAUGGAGUUCGUAUCUUUCCUGAAAGAUCCAUCAAAAUACCAAAAGCUCGGAGCUAAGAUCCCACGUGGUGCUAUUUUGUCGGGGCCUCCCGGUACUGGUAAGACACUUCUGGCCAAGGCGACCGCAGGCGAAUCUGGCGUCCCAUUCUUCUCGGUGUCUGGUUCAGAAUUCGUUGAGAUGUUCGUCGGUGUUGGUCCUUCCCGUGUACGAGACCUGUUCGCCAAUGCCAGGAAAAGCACGCCUUGUAUCAUUUUCAUUGAUGAAAUUGAUGCCAUCGGCAAAUCGAGAGCGAAGCAGAAUUUUGGGGGUGGCAACGACGAGCGAGAGUCAACACUAAAUCAGAUAUUGACGGAGAUGGAUGGUUUCAACACUUCAGAACAGGUCGUCGUUCUCGCUGGUACGAAUAGACCUGACGUUCUCGACAAGGCUUUGAUGCGUCCGGGACGUUUUGAUCGACAUAUCGCCAUUGACCGACCUACGAUGGACGGCCGCAAGCAGAUCUUCAAGGUCCAUCUCAACAAGAUUGUCACCAAGGUCGAUCUCAAGUAUUUGACCGGCCGUCUAUCCGCUCUGACACCAGGGUUUUCCGGUGCCGAUAUUGCCAACUGUGUCAAUGAAGCUGCGCUGAUUGCGGCUCGUGCGAAUGCAGCCUCGGUUGAGAUGAUCCACUUCGAACAAGCUAUCGAACGUGUCAUUGGCGGCAUGGAGAAAAAAUCACUUGUCCUCACUCCCGAAGAGAAGAAGACUGUCGCAUAUCACGAAGCUGGCCACGCCAUCUGUGGCUGGUUCUUCAAGUAUGCCGAUCCUCUUCUCAAAGUGUCGAUCAUUCCAAGAGGACAGGGUGCGUUGGGAUACGCACAAUACCUCCCUGCUGGUGGCGGUGAUGUGUACUUGAUGAACGUCAAACAGCUGAUGGACCGCAUGGCGAUGACGCUAGGUGGCCGUGUCAGCGAGGAGAUUUGGUUCGACACUGUGACGAGCGGAGCAUCCGACGACUUCAACAAGGUUACCCGUAUGGCCACGGCAAUGGUGACAGAAUGGGGCAUGUCGUCCAAGAUCGGUUACCUCAAUUACAAGGACGACGAGCAAAGACUGCACAAGCCUUUCUCCGAGGAGACCGCGCGCAAUAUCGAUCAGGAAGUACGCCGGAUCGUCGACGAGGCGUAUCAACAGUGCAAAGACCUGUUGCUGGAGAAGAAAGACCAACUACAGGUCGUGGCCGAGGAGUUGCUCAAAAAGGAGGUGCUCGUGCGUGAUGACCUGGUUCGCAUUCUGGGCAAGAGACCGUUUGAGGACCAGGGCGAUUUCCACAAGUACUUUGACAACACCGAGGGAAAGAGUGCACCACCUCCACCACCGACCGAGCAACAAGGCCCACCUGAUAAUGAGCCACUGCCUGGUUCUCCCGCACCGGCCUUCAAGCGUAUCGAUCGCACCGGAUCGCAGAUGUUUUAAAUUGUCUCACUUGUCUCGAGCUUUCUCGCUUCGAUUCAGUGGCAUACAUAUUUGUCACCGUCGUUGCGCCUUUGCGUGGAUCCGAGCUCAUCUUUGCUGCAUAGCGUGGUGUCGGUUUUGGGAGGCAAAAUGCAGUAAUACUGUAUUGAAUACUUCUUUUUCAAUCUCACUCCCAAACCUCGAAGCUCCAGCUCGUCCGAUCCAUAUGGUCAUAUCCGUGUCUUUAAGAGCACGAGCUUAACUACUUCGUCUUCCGGAUAUUAAUUGAGAAUCCAACCUGAUCAGGGCAGACAGACUAUUUUGGG